UGCAGAUGGUAAUUACAAACAUAGUUUUAAGAUGAAGUAAAAGACUAUUUUAUUUCUUGUUACGCAAGGCAAAGCUAGCGUCAUUUUGCCGCUACAAUUACAAAUCCUUCACUAUAUAACUCCUAAUUCUUGAAUUCUAAUUCUCCAUUCAACCGUCUCCAUUUAUACCUUCAUCGAUCGGAAUCAGAGUUUCUGUAGAAGCCGCCGCUAAACUUAUAAAACAACAAUGUCAGACGCAAAUGAGACCGCUACUAAUGCGGCGGUGGAGGAGGCAGAAGCGUCUACGUCCGAAUUAAAUUUGGAUAAUCUGAAAAUUGAAGAUGAUAAUUUCAGAGAUAAAGAGUUGAAUGAAAUUGAUGAUUCUAGUAUUGAAGCCGUUCCAUCUGGAGAUACACCAUAUACUUCAGCAGUUGGGUACGAUGAUAAUUUCCGAGAUAAAGAGUUGAAUGAAAUUGAUGAUUCUAGUAUUAAAGCCGUUCCAUCUGGAGAUACACCAUAUACUUCAGCAGUUGGGUACGAAGAUUUAAACUUAUCGGUGGAGUUAUUGAAGGGAUUGUAUUUGGAGAUGAAGUUUGAAAAACCAAGUAGAGUUCAAUCAAUAACUCUUCCUAUGAUAUUGACUCCUCCUUACAAGGAUUUGAUUGCUCAAGCUCCUAAUGGCUGUGGUAAAACAACCUGUUUUACUUUGGGGAUGUUAAGCCGUGUUGAUCCUACUAAUCUCAGAACACAAGCACUUUGUAUUUGUCCCACAAGAGAACUCGCCAUUCAGAGUUUGGAAGUUCUUCGGAAGAUGGGGAAGUACACAGGGAUUAGUUCACAAUGUGCUGUGCCAAAGGAGAGAGGAAAUAAUGGCAGGAAACCCAUAUCUGCACAAGUUGUUAUUGGUACUCCUGGCACCUUAAAGAAAAUGUUGUCUGAGAAGAAAUUGAGCACUGAUUCUAUGAAAGUCCUUGUUUUCGACGAGGCUGAUCGUAUGAUGGCCACGGACGGCUUUCAAGACGACUCUCUCAGGAUAAUGAAGGAUAUUCAAAAAAAAAGCAUUUAUAACUGCCAGGUUCUUUUCUUUUCUGCCACUUUUGACGAGGCUGUGAAAAGUUUUGUAAAAAGAGUUGCGAAAGAUGACGCUAAUCAACUCUUUGUGAAGAACGAAGACCUAUCCUUGGAAGCUGUAAAGCAGUACAAGGUCUAUUGCCCUGAUGAGGAUGCUAAGAUUUCGGUGAUAAAACACAGAAUUCUUGAUCUAACUGAGAAACUGGGACAGAUAAUUAUUUUUGUCAAUCGCAGAGUUAGCGCAAGCGAGUUAUGGAAGGCGCUUACUGCUUUGGGUUACGGAGUAACCACAAUUCAUGGUGCAUGCGAAAUUGAUGAGCGUGACAAGAUAAUCAGUGAGUUUAAAAAGGGUUUGACUCAAGUUCUGAUAUCAACUGAUCUUCUUGCCCGAGGGUUCGAUCAACAGCAGAUUAAUGUGGUCAUCAAUUAUGAUCUUCCAAUAAAGCAUGGGACUUCAGACCCUGAUUAUGAGGACUACAUGCAUAGAAUUGGCAGGGCAGGGCGUUUUGGUCGCCAAGGGGCAAUAUUCAACUUUCUGUUUGAUGGCAGUAAGAGUGAUACCUGCGAUACGAGAGUCAUGGAAAAAAUCGAACAACAUUUUAAGAAAGAAGUUAAACUGAUUCCGUCGUGGGAGAGCGAUGAGGACUUUAAGGAUGCACUGAAAGCAGCUGGAUUGCUUUAAAAUUGUUGUCUUUGUUGGCCUAAAUUGAGAAUUUUCUCAUGAACAGUGUUUCAUUCAUCUGUGAAAAUUAUUAUUUUUGAAUUGAAAAUUUUUCAAGAGAACAUAGUGACUUGUAUUAUUGCAAUUUACUGUAUUAUGAGAUGAUUGUUUUAAUUGCUA